AUGAAGAUCGAUAACCAAAAGGAACAUUCAAAUGGAGCCCAAAAUGGCAAUAACCCCGAUGAGUUCUUCUUACAUCCUGAUCAAAGCUUUGAGACGAGGGCUAUCCACGAAGGGCAAAGCCCGGACCAAUGGAAAUCGGGAGCUAUCGUUCCUCCUAUCCACACUGGAUCAACCUUCAAGCAAGCAGAUCCAGAAGAACAUAGUGAAUAUUUCUAUGGAAGAAUUGGAAAUCCAACAAGAAGUGCCCUGGAAACUUGCAUUGCAAGUCUCGAUAAAGCCAAAUACUGUCUAACUUUUGCUUCUGGUCUCGCAUCAAUCGCUGGAGUAGCAGGACUUCUCAAAACCGGUGAUCACGUCAUCUGUGGAGAUGAUCUUUAUGGUGGCACGCACAGCUACUUCAAGAAUAUCGCUAAAGAUAAUGGUGUAGAAGUUGACUUCAUCGAUACAACAGUUGUUGAGAACCUGGAAAAUGCUUUCAAACCAAAUACCAAGAUGGUCUAUGUUGAAAGCCCUACAAAUCCACUUCUGAAGAUCAUGGACAUUCCACGCCUUGCGGCAGCUAUCAAGUCUGAAUGUCAAGAUAUCAUAUUUGUUGUGGACAAUACAUUUUUAACUCCAUAUCUUCAGAAUCCUCUUUUGAUGGGUGCCGAUAUUGCUGUUUAUUCACUGACCAAAUACAUGAAUGGUCAUUCUGAUGUUAUCAUGGGAGCUAUCACUACCAGCGAUGAUGAAUUAUACAAAAAAUUAGCAUAUAUUCAACACAUUGCAGGAUCUAUUCCUUCUCCUUUUGACUGUUACCUCAUGAACAGGAGUUUGAAAACUUUGUCAAUACGGAUGGACAAACAUAUCGAAAAUGCGACUAAAGUAGCCAAAUUCUUAGAACAACAUCCUCUGGUUGAAAAAGUCCUCUAUCCAGGCUUGGAAUCUCACCCACAAUAUAAAUUAGCUAAAAGGUUAUGGCAUGGUCCUUCUGGAAUGAUCUCGAUAUUCUUAAAAGGAGAUCUGGAAAUGAGCAAAGCGUUUUUAAAAGCUUUAAAAGUUUUCGCUCUUGCUGUGAGCUUAGGAGGCUUCGAGUCACUUGCUGAAUUACCGACAACAAUGACGCACGAAAUAGUUCCUGCUGAAAUAAAAAAAGAUCUGGGCAUAACAGACAACCUGAUCAGACUGUCCGUCGGCCUGGAAUCAGCAACAGACCUUAUCAAAGAUGUUGAUCAAGCACUGAAAGUAGCCGCAAACUUCUACAUUCCAUCCUAA